CUCCCUCCUUUAUUCACCCUUCAUUCACUUCAACCUCCAAUCCUCCUCGAACCCUCUGCAAAGAAAAAUUCCAUGUCACUAAGGGCUUUAUAAAAAAAAGAAGAGGAAUAGGUUCCCCCUACGUGGAGACCAAACCUCCACUGGGUGACAAUACUCCCUCGACAAUCGAACUCACCAUGUCGGCAUCACUCCCCGACCAUAACCUCUUGGUCGCUAGACAACACAUCCAAGACCAUAGUCAAGCAAAUACGCCCUACUGGGCCUAUCCUUCGCGAGUCCUUCCCUGCGUCAAAGAUGUCGGAACAUGCGAAUACCUCGACCACGUAUACGGUGACCAUGUCACGUCCAUGCUCUAUACCUUCAUCCUCUGGGGCGUGAUCUUGGGAGUCCUCCUCCUCUGGACUGUCACACGCAUCUGGACCACGGGAGGGCCGAACUCCUACGCAGCCUCCACACCUCUGUUCACACUCGUAUCCAAAAUCAAGUCCUACAAACGCCACUUCCUCCCCGACUCCCCCAUGCGAUUCCUUUUCGGCCGCAUCAGCCGCCUCCAAGUCCUCGUUCUCAGCAUAAUCCUCGCCUACAUCACCAUCUUCACUUUCGUCGGCAUUAGCUAUCGUCACUGGAUCACCCCCGUCACCGGCCACCCCGGCCUCCACAACACACGUUCUUCACUCGGAGGUUGGUCCGACCGCAUCGGAGCGCUCGCAUAUGCGCUGACGCCCUUUGCCAUCUUGCUCUGCAUGCGAGAAAGUGUCCUGUCGCUGUGCACGGGCAUUCCCUACCAACACUUCAACUUCUUGCAUCGUUGGCUGGGGAGGGUGAUUUUCGCGCAGAGUUUGCUGCAUACCAUCGGUUGGACGAUAAUUGAAGCGAAACUGUAUCAACCGCAGCCGGCCGUGUAUAAGGAGUUUAUCAGCUCGCAGUAUAUCAUUUUUGGGUGUGUGGCCAUGGCAUUUCUGUCGUUCCUCUUUGUGUUUUCUCUGAAGCCCGUGAUUCGCUGGACGGGGUAUGAGUUCUUCAAGAUUACGCAUUGGAUCAUUGCCGUGUUGUACUUGGGAGCGUGCUGGGGCCAUUGGGAUAAGCUGUGGUGUUGGAUGGUCCCGUCCCUGGCAUUGAUCGUCAUCGAUCAGAGCAUUCGAGCCUUGAGGACGUUGUACAUCCACAUGGGAGGAAAAGGCUCGUUGGGUGCAGGAUUCAAAUGCGCGCAAGCAGACCUUCAAGUCCUGACCGACGACAACGGGACCGUUCUCAGGCUGGAUUUCGACUACGAACAUCGCAAUGCAGGAAGCUGGCAAGCCGGACAGCAUUUCUAUCUGACGUUUCCCAGUCUUUCGAUCUGGCAAGCCCACCCCUACACUGUCUCGAGUGUGCCGGAUAUGAGGAGUAAAACCCAACAUCACACCUACAUCAUUCGCGUCCGAGAUGGCCAGACGAAGAAACUCGCCGCACUGGGAAACGGCGCUACCGUUCCUGUAAUUCUCUCCGGACCAUAUGGACAUGGUUUCCCCAGCUACGAAGCUCAACACGUCUUGGCCAUUGCCGGCGGGACAGGAGUGACAUUCACCUGGCCGAUUAUUAUGGAAGCCGUCCGUCAAUGUACCUUCACCGCAGCCGUCCUCGACUUCAUCUGGGUGGUCCGAAAAGCCGAAGACGUCCUCUGGCUCUCGAGCGAAUUAAGCCAGAUGAAGAAACUGCUCAACGAAGCUCUCGGCCUGCGAAUCUCCAUCUUCGUCAGCAGAGACAUCCGGCAUCGCGUUGGCAAAGACAACAACACCAAAAAUAUCAUCAACACCAACAAAAACGAAAAACUCCCCAUCAUCACCAGCAGCAACGACAUUGCCGAUGACAAUGAAAAACCCAAAUCCUCCAACAUCAAAUCCCCCCUCACAUCCUCCCUCUCCAACCACUCAGACACAUCACUAGAAGAUCUCCUCGCCGCCACGAGCAACAGCAGCAGCAAAGACGACGACAACAACAACAACCCCCGCUUCCAAGUCCACUGGCUCCAAGACCACCACCCCUCCGUCGCCGAUCUCGUCCUCGAUUUCUCCGAGCGCGCAAAAGAAUGCGGUGGAGGAAUUGAAGUCGUGGGGAGUGGGCCCGAGGCCAUGGGUUCGGAUUUGAGAGCUGCUGUUGCGAAAAUUCACAUGGGGAGAGAAGGGGAAGGGUUGAAUUUGUAUUGGGAUUCGAGGGAAUAG